AUGCAAGCAUUCGUUCCCAAAACCAGACGGCCUAGAUUUGAGCUCGUGUUGAGAAUUAUUGAUAUCAACAAUGUUCCAUUGGGAAACGGCCUUGCCUAUGUGAGAUGGCGACUGCCAUCAUCAAGCGGCACUGAGCACCAAGGCCAGACAGAGAAAGCGACUCUAUCUGACCACCGGGCUUAUUGGAGCUAUGAAAAGAUUCUCCAAGUGAGACUUACAAUUGACAGAACAUCAAUGCUUCAAGAGUGUGAACUCAGCUUUGAAAUCAUACAAGAAUUUACCUCAUCGUCCGUCUCGGAGAAGAACGUACUGGGCAAAAUCAAACUCAACCUUGCUGAAUAUGUGGAUAAGGUUGAAGAAGAUGAAGGUGUCAUUCGACGGUAUCUAAUGCAUGACUGCAAAGUGAAUAGUACUGUCAAAAUCGGGAUAGCAAUGCGCCAGCUAGAAGGAGACCGCAACUUCACGACACCGCAUCUGAAGUCGGCUACUGUAUUUGGAGGUAUUGCCGGUGUUGUUCAUGCUUCCGAGCAGCAAGGCGAUCUCGAUGAAGCUGGACACCUUCCAUCCAUCAACACCAAGAGCCGGGAAAUCGCGGAUAUGCAAGAUAUGUAUCGACGAAGUCUAGCGGCAUCAUGGUCCUCCCGAUCAUGCGAUCUGCCUGCUGAUAAACUUGUUGAAGAGCUAUUCGCUGGAGGCUCACACUGGUAUAACGAUGCACACAAUGCCAGCGACAAGAACAAUCCCGGGCAUGACCGCCGAGAUGGUUUUCUAAGUGCAGAGUCAGCUUCGCGACAAAGUCGGCCAGGGAAAAUGUUGUCUCCAAGUUUCGAGGGUCGACCUAAAAGUUCUUCGAGCAAUCAUUCCCAUACUAGCGGCAAGGCACCAGACUCUCAUUCUACACUUGGGCAUCCCAAGAAGGGCGGAAGUAUUGAACAGAAACUUUAUGACGGAGUUAAGGGCCGAGGAUGGAAAGCACUCAAUGUACACAAUGAGCUUUCUGAGUUUGACGUGAGAGAGGAUUUGCGUAGCUGGGAGGUUUCCUCAAAAUAA